AUGGCGCUUUCGAUCCUCCUGGCUGCAGUCACGGAUCUGACAAAAACGGAUCUGGAGGACUGCGUGCGGAAGGAGGACGUGCCGUUCAUCUCGGUGACGAGGAACGAUCUCGGCCUCUCACAGCAGCGGUGCGACGCAAACUUUUGCUGGCAAAAACUCACGUCGCCUGUGCCGGCGCUGCCAGCGGGCACUCCGCACCUGGCGUAUGAGACGGACGUGGAUCAGCUUUGCAAAUCUGAGACUGACGCCGGCGUCAUCAUCGUCGGCGCUCCCGCGUCGCUGCAACCUGACGACCAGUUCUCUUCCAUCUCGAUGCAAGUGCGGCGGAACUGCGACCUCUUCGCACGAAUGCUGGUGGGGCGCGGCGGAAUCCGGAUCAACGCCACUCAAGUUGCCGGCGUCAAGUGUGUCUUCCUCGGAGACGGCAGCAGCCAGCUGCAAGUCACCAACGCCACUUCACGCCUCAUCCACUCGGAGGCGGGCGGCUUUGCGUCGGCCGACUUCCUGCUAGGCCCGUAUGGCUCGGGGCUGACGUCGUACGCGAGCAAGCAGGCCGUGGCGGACGGCACUGUGAUGGUCGCGCCGGCGGCGUCCGACCAUUCCGUCUACUCUUCAGCCGCCGCGCUCGCGCAGGAGGACGAUAUCCCCAUAUCUCCCCAUAUCUCCCCAUAUCUCCCCAUAUCUCCCCAUAUCUCGCGCAGGAGGACGGCCUGCAGCCGCUCGUACGUGCAAAACAUCUCGCCCUUCCUUGAUGUCGACAACUUGGACGACACCGCGCGGCUGGAGGAGCACAUUGGCAACUCGGAGGCCGUGAUCGUGCUGCUGACGGGCUCGACCGCCGUGGAGCGGAAGAGGCCGCUGAUUCUGCUGCUGGAGACGGACCCGUCGCACGGCGGAGUGCCGCUCGACGUCCACCGUGCCGAGUGCCCCGACGAGCUGCGCGAGCAUGUCUUCGCGGCGCCGCUGGUGACGUGGCACCGGCUGCGCCCCUUCCAGAUGUGCUCGAUGAAGCUGCUGAUCGUCGAGCUGCUUCGCGCGUGGAAGGCGGCCGGCGCAGACCAGCCCAUCUUCCUCCCGGGCGACCUCCUCCGCUCGCCGCCGCCGCCGCUCGCGACCAAGAGGAGCCUUCACGUCUACUUCUCGCGGGACAACGCCGGCGCGGCUGCGGUGGCGGCUGGGAUCGCCGAGGCCAGUGGCCAGCAGCUGCGCAGCACGGACGACCCGGCCCAGGCGCGUGCGGCGUGCGCCUUUCUGCUGUACCUGAACGGCGCCACCUUUGCGGCGGGGGAGCGGGCGGAGGCGCUCGGCCGCGAGGUGCAUGAGGCGUUGGAGGGCGACCGGCCGUUCGUGUUGGUCCACGAGCGGCGCGACGGCGAUGCGGGCGCCGCCACCUUCGACGACAUCAUCGCGGCGACGCCCGCCGCGCUGCGUGAGGCGGGCAUCUACCGCCCGAUCGCGACCCCGCUGCACGGCGGCCCGCAUGCCGACGUGUCGUACCGCCUGAUCCUCGAAAGGAUCGACGCGGCGUGCGGCUCAGGCGGAGGAGGAGUCGGCGGGAUCCUCAGCGACGCGCUCAACCUGACCGAGAAGCUGACAGGGCUCGAUCUCGACGACGACGGCCACACAGUGUUUAUGGUCUUUGCGCUGCCACUGCUGCUGUCGCGGCCGGAAGCUCGGCAGACCUCGCCACCACCAGCGCUUGCACCGCUGUCGGUUGACUCGCCGCCGGUGCUGCCGUCAACUCCCUCCCCGCUCCCACUGCCGCCUCCGCCAUCACCUCCGCCUCCGCUGCCGUCGCCUCCGAUCCCGAAGGAAGUUUUCUCCUACACCGUCAACGUUCGCAGCCCGUGCUCCCUCACCGACGGCGGCUCGUGCGCCGCGUCGCCAAACUACCCGAACAGCUACGGCAACAACGAGGCGUGCACCAUCAGCGGCGUGCCGCCGGUCGGGCUGGAGACAGUCGCCUUUGAUGUGGAAUCCUGGCUCAGCGUCUGCUUCUUCGACUACCUCACCGUCAACGGCACGAAGUACUGCGGCUCCUCGGGGCCGCAAGGCGCGGUGGCGGAGGAUGGCGUCAUCGAGUGGCGAUCGGGUGGCAGCGGUGUCAGGUCGGGCUGGAAGGUCUGCUGGGCGAUUCGGCCGCCUUCGCCGCCUUCACCGCCGCUCUCCCCGCCACGGCCGCCUUCGCCGCCUUCACCGCCGCUCUCCCCGCCACCACCGCCUUCGCUGCCGCCGCCGCCACCUCCACCGCCUCCAUCGCCGUUGCCCCCGCCACGACCGCCUCCACCGCCGCCCUCCCCGCCACUACCGCCGCUGGCCCCGCUGCCGCCGCUGAUCCCCGGCCUUGUCGCCGCGACGACCGAGGUCGAGCUCCGCUCCCUGAUCCAGGGCGCUGCUGUCAACGUCUACCUGGCGCCAGGCGACGUCGAGAUCAUCGACUCGAUCGUGAGGGACUGCCAUGCUGGCUUGUGGGGCGGCGGCGUCGUUUACGCGCAGUCCAGCGGUGCGGUCUCGAUAAUCGGCUCCAACGUGACGGACUGCUCAGCUGGCCAGGACGGCGGCGUCGUCUACGCGUUGUACAGCGGCGCGGUCUCGCUAAUCAACUCCACCGUGACGGGCUGCUCGGCUGGCGAUGACGGCGGCGUCGUCUACGCAUAUGACAGCGGUGCGGUGUCGCUAAUUGCCUCGACCGUGACGCGAUGCUCAGCUGAGGACGGCGGCUUCGUCUUCGUGAGGUACAGCGGUGCGGUCUCGCUAAUCGGCUCGACCGUGACGCGAUGCUCUGCUGGACGCGGCGGUGUCGUCUACGCAUCUGACAGCGGUGCGGUCUCGCUAAUCGGCUCGACCGUGACGCGAUGCUCGGCUGAGGUCGGUUUCCAGCCCAAGUUCAAGAUCCUGGUCAGCUUCUACCAGAUCGUGGGGAUGUUCGGGCCUGUCUACGGUGUCCGCCUCGACGAAGUCUUUACGCGCUGGACCGAGUUUAUGGACUUGCUCAGCUUCGACGUUAUCGGCCUCACCUAUCCGGGCGCGUGCAUUGGAUCGAUGCGAAACCGGCUCCUGGUUGCAGGCCUGUGGCCGAUCGCAGCUUUGUUGUUCGGUGCCGCCGCCCUCGCCUGCUACGCCCUUGCGGUGUGGCUUCUGUCUGGUCGCGUCAGCAGCCUCCGUCGCACUCUUGUUCCCGCGACGCUGAAUCGCUUGCUCUACUGGGCCAUCCUUGUCGCCUACCUCGUGCUCCCCUCCGUCUCGCGCUCCAUCUUCAGCGCGAGGCUGUGCGAGUCCUUUGGCUACGAUGACGACACAAGCAAACGCAUCAGCUUCCUGGUGGCCGACAAGUCGCUCACAUGCGACGCCGUCACGUCCGGUCUCGAGCCGUACUUUUGGGCCUUUUUCACCCUCUGGUCUGUCCUCGUGCCGCUGGGCUUCUUGGCGCUCCUGCUUUGGAUCCGCUCCGAAGUGCGGGCGCAGCGAGUCGGGGCCACAGCCCGAGCCAGCCGCUUCCUCUGGCGCGACUACGACCCGGACUUCCUCUUCUGGGAGGUCGUCGAUGUGGGCCGCAAGCUCUUCCUCGUGUCUCUGGUGCUCUUUAUCCAAACCGACGAUGGCUCGAGCAAGUUGCUCCGCCUCGUUGUCGCGUCUCUCGUCUCGGCCCUCUACCUCGCCGCCCUCGCCCUCGCACGGCCCUUCAAGCGCGUCGACGACCUCUAUCUCGCGUGCACCGCCAAUCUGCUGCUCGCCUGCUGCUUCAUCUCCGGCACGGUGAUUAAGCUGUGCGAGAGUGCCGCUUACGAGAACAUGUGCUACACCCUCGUCGGCUUCGACAGCGCGCGCGGCGCGAGCGAGUUUGUCAUCGCGCUCACCGCCGCAAUGCUCGCUACGUCGCUGCUCGUCGUCCUCUUCAAGACAGUCAGCGCCGUCCAAGCGCCCACCAUCCGCCUCGCCUCCACCGGUCGCCCUCCCGCCCUCGAGCUGUGCCCCGAGUGCCACUUCCACGGCUUCAUCUCGCACGCGUGGGGGACUGGCCAGGACCAGACGCACACCGUCGUGCGCCAGCUGCAACUGCUGCUGCCCGGCGUUCGGAUCUGGCUCGACGUCGAUAACCUCGACGAUGUGGGAAGGCUCGAGGAGGCGGUGGCCGAUGCGAUGUCUUUUCUCGUCUUCCUCAGCGCCGGCUACUUCAAGAGCUUCAACUGUCGCCGCGAGCUGUACGCGGCGCUCGCCUCAAAUCGGCCCUUCAUCCCCAUCUUCGAGGCCGACGCGGCGAAGGGCGGCGCCUCGAUCGAGGCGCUGAAGGCCGAGUGCCGCGAGAGCUGCGUCGAGGUCGCCCCGCCCGCCUACCCUUCCUACCGCGGGCCAGACGAGAUGCUCGCGCGCGUGUUUGAGGAGGCGGAGCCAAUCGUGUGGGUGCGGGUGAACGCCUUUCAGCUCGAGUCGCUCAAGGCCGUCGCGCUGCGCAUGCUGCUGCACUCUCCUCACUACGCGAGCCACCCGGCCGAGCUUGCUGAAGGAGUGAUGGUGCCCGGCGAGGCGGGGCCCGUCGCCUUCAGCGGCCCCGUCACCAUCCUCGUGUGCCGCGGCAACACGGGCGCCUUUGGCGUAGCAGACGAGGUCAAGGCGGCGGCGCGGGAGGGGGACGGCUCUGCUGCAUCCGAGACGGUUAUGAUCCGCGAUGCGGAGGAGGCGCUCGAGAGAGCCAGCGCGGCCCCUCUCUCAGGACACGUCGUGCUCGUGCUCUACCUGAACGAUAAGACCUUUCUCGAUGCGGGCGGCAUCGUCGCUCGCCUCGUGCAAGCCGCAAUGGACCGGCGCAUCGCCAUCGUGCUGGUCCACGAGCAGGACCCUAGCUGCGGUGGCCGCCCGUUCCGGCACUUUAUUCAGCAGACGCCGCAGGUCCUGCAGCGGUCGCCGUACAAGCUCUACGACACGGUGGCGGUGCCGCUCUACCCGUCGGAGGAGCACCGCCCGGUUCAGCUGCUCUGGACCGCAUUGGAGCCGGCGGCUGCCUGUGAGAGCGCCAUGUCGUCGAGCUCCUCCAUGAGCGCCUCGAUGUUGGCGUAG